AUGUUUGCUGUUGCGAACAACACGAUAUCAAGAGAGGCCAAAGGUGUCAUCGCUUUCGCACCGGAGUCUUCUGACAUUGGAGAAUUACGAAUGUUGACGUACCUUGUGAUGGAUGCUUGCGAGCAAAUGCUUCUAUCUCUACCAUCGCUGAUCAUGGACCCGUUCGCUUCUCACGUUAUCUGUGCUCUCAGAAGCACCUCCUACAAGGUUCGCCAAGGGCCUGUGAGGUCAGUGUUCUCUGGCGGGGAAAUCCGCACUCUGGAUGCUACGGCACAACGCGCACCUCCAGAGUUUGCUGAAAUCACGAACAAACUUGUCCUCAAGCUUCGCAAAGACCUCGGUGACAACGACGUGCGGGAAUUAGCUGCGGACAAAGUGGCCAGCCCCGUGCCUCAGGUAAAUUUGUGGCAAUACCUGUAG